AUGGUCGUCCUCUCCAACACCCUUCGCGCCUCUCGCGUGCUUCCAACCUCAUCCUCGCGCUUCCUUCACGCCUCAUACGUUCUCUCUGCACAAACCAACCCCGCUCGUGACUCUCACAAUGUCACCCGCACGGCCAACAAGGCACCAGAGUCGGAGGCCGCCCCUCGAAGUGACGCGUCCGGUGGAACCAACCAGUUGUCUGCUCAGCCAGCACCGUCGAGCCCUGCCGCGCUCCCAACAAAACGCAUGUUCUCAACCUCCGCGGUGCGCUCCGCCGACACCCCGCACACCGCCGAGUCGUAUUUCAAGGACGUCGACACCACCCAGCCUGCGUCCAAGACGCACCAGGUCGACGGCUCCGGCACCGGCUCGGACGUGCAGCGCCCCGACGCGCCCCUGUCGGGCCAGUGGUCUCAGGCCGGUGCGAAGACGAAGGAGUAUCGAUUGGCGAUGGAGACCAACGGCCGCUACGAGGAGCCCCCUGCAUCUGGACCUGAGGCUGAGCAGAAGCAGAGGUAUGGGGGCAUGCCGCGCGACCCGGAACGGGAUGUAAGCAAGCCGCAGGAGGGCCCUGAGGGUGCGAACCGCGGUGGACGUCGUCCGGAAGGUCGGGCGUGA